GCUCGGAGUGGGGCGGAGGUCAGCUAAGCCAGCCAGCCGGAGUCAGGAGCUGGGAAGACAGAAGAUCUGUGCUGCUGCACCUCAGUGAAUUUCCUUAUAUCCCAGCGCUCCUUAGGGAUCCCCUGCUCUCAAGUUGCUAGGAUCCUAAGGCAGACAGCCACCUCAGUAGGAAGACAGUGCGGAAGAAAUGAGUAACUUAUGAAACGGGAUGAAAUUAAAAUGUACAUCUCCCUCUUUGGGACCCUGAUGAGAGAUGUAUGGUCACUUCUAGAAGAUGCAGGAUUUCACACAGACUAUGACUAAUAAUUCUAAUGAGUGCACCAUUAAUCACAGCAUACACCAGACUUUAUCCCCCACUAUAUACAUACUUGUCUUUGUAGUAGGUCUCCCAGCUAACUGCCUCUCGCUGUACUAUGGGUACCUACAGAUCAGGGCCAAAAACGAACUGGGGAUCUAUCUGUGCAAUUUGACUAUAGCAGACCUGUUCUACAUCUUCUCUUUGCCUUUCUGGCUCCAGUACGUUUUGCAGCAUGACAACUGGACCUACGACGAAAAUCUGUGUAAAAUCUGUGGCAUACUCCUGUAUGAGAACAUCUACAUCAGUGUGGGCUUCCUCUGCUGCAUCUCCAUUGACCGCUAUCUAGCAGUGGUACAUCCUUUUCGUUUCUAUCAGUUUCGGACAAUAAAGGCUGCUGUGGUAGUGAGCAUCAUAAUCUGGGGCAAGGAAAUUCUGAUGAGCUGGUUUGUCUUUAAGCAUGCUAAUAUUACUAAGGAUGCAGACAGUCAUAUGAUAUGCUUUGAACAUUAUCCCAUCAAAGAUUGGGAGCACAAUACCAAUUACUACCGCUUCUUUGCUGGUUUCCUUUUCCCCUUCUUCCUACUGCUCUUUUCUUACUGUGGCAUUUUACGAGUUGUCCGCAAGAGCCAUGGUACUCAAAAGAAGACAAAAAUCCAAAUUAAACGUCUGGUUUCAAGCACAGUUCUCAUUUUCUUGGUUUGCUUUGGACCAUACCACAUCCUGUUGGUAAUUCGCAGCUUAUUUGAGAACAACUGCAAGUUUGCAGAGAAAAUCUUUAAUAUUUACCACUUUUCUCUCUUGUUGACUAGUUUUAACUGUGUUGCUGACCCAGUAUUGUACUGCUUUUCCAAUGAGACCACCUACCAGAAUUUUGUCAAAAUGAGAGACUCUGGUUUAACAUGCCUAAGAUGUUUAAGGACUAAACCCCAGGUAUCCUACCAGCUGAAAACUCCAGAAACCCUCAGAAAAAGCAACAGUGUACCAGCAGUUGAAGAGCCAGAGUUAUUAAACAAACUACAUACUGUUAAUGAAAUGAAAGACUCUUCCAUCGCCAGUAUAGACAGACUUUAGCACCCAUUAGAAAGGUAGACUGAUCUAAAGUUUCCAGGUCUAAGUUUGGGCUUCAGUCUUUGGUUUAUAAAUGUAUUGCAACUGCUUUACAUUCUAGAGAGCUUAAUAACUCAUCAGUACUGUAAGCAGAGCUGAGUUGAUACUCUUUCCACAGGGGGAAUUCCUUAGUUCCCUUGAGUAACCUGGGUCUUGACAUAGGGCAGGGAAAAUAUACACCAGGUCAGUUUAGCUCAGGUCACAUGUAUAUAUUACUGACUCAGUAUAGCGCUAGUCAUGGGGAAACUGCUUUUCUGAUGACUGGACUGGCUGAAAUAAGAUGUUAGUGGUGUGAAUUUUCCAUAAUGGUCUUUAAUUGCUGAUUGUUUGUCCAUGUAUUGACUAUAUGAGAAAGCUGUCAAACUCUGUGAUCACCUUGCUGAAAAGGUGGAAGAUGGAACAAAUUAUGUAAAAUGAAGUGAUAAACAUUUCCCAAAAGAA